AUGGCCCACAAAGCCAUCUCCAUCUCCAUCCCCCUCUCCCUCUCAAAAGCACCACGCCGCAUCCUCCCCUCCCUCUCCCUCUCCCUCUCCCUCUCCCAACCCAGAGCGCCUACAUCCUCAAGCGACCCCAUCAACCCACCCCGCCCGUCCUCCUUUCCCACAACGCAACCGCACCGCAAACUCCACAACGGACAACUCCGACCCCAGCCCCGGACCCGAAGCCGCGCCUUCACAACCGCCCCCCCGCGACGCGCCGCCAAGGCCGAAGCGGCAGAGAUCUCGCCGGAUGAGUACCACAGGAUAUCCGACCGGUACAUCGACGGUCUGGUCGCGCAGCUAGAGGAGAUGCAAGAGGAGCGGGAAGAGGUGGAUGUGGAAUAUUCCGCCGGCGUAUUGACCUUGCUCUUCCCGCCCCACGGCACCUACGUCCUCAACAAGCAGCCGCCGAACAAGCAGAUCUGGCUCAGCAGUCCGGUGUCCGGGCCCAAGCGAUACGAUUGGGUCGUGCGCGGUGCGGACGGUGACGGGGCGGAGAAGGGGGAGUGGGUGUAUUUGCGGGAUGGGAGUACGUUGAGCGGGUUGCUGGAGGAGGAGGUUGGUGUCGCGCCUGGAGUGGGGGAGGGGGAGGGGGAGGGGUUGUGA